CCCUGUAAACAGCUUGUCAGACCGUCCAAGCCCCUCCCCCAGCUAGCAGCGGUAGCUAACAAGUUAGUGGUGCUAGCAGUGGCUAAGCUACAUGCUAGCUGGCGCUUUGAGAAGAUGGCAACGGACUGGCAAGCUUCAGCUAUAGAGCAAGCCGAAUUGAUAUCCAGUCGUCUKAGAGAGCUGUUAUCCACCGGGGAGGGGUAUAUCCGAUCGGAGUUUGGGGUGGAAUUGGGCCUGACGCCUGAGCUGUACCCGUCAUGGGUGAUUCUCUCCACGGCGGUGGUUGGGCUGCUGGUGCUGCUGGUUCUGUCGUGGGCCGCGGUCUGUGGCGGACUCUUCGGUGGGAAAAAGCUAGGAGCUCCAGUUACACAAGACAGUGGUGAUUCCCUCAAGGCCCAACUGAAUAAGAUUGUGAAGCCCGAGGCACAAAAUAAAAAGACUAAAAAGAAAUCUACUGAAAAGAAGGCUCAGUAUAAUGGACGAACAGUGCCAGAGCCUCAGGAGGAAGUGAGAGAAGAGAUUACCAAACCUUCCCCAGAGAUUAAAACUGAGGUGAAGAAAACCAAGAAGAAAGACAAACCCGAGGUGAAACCAGCCAAGAAGGUUUCUGCUCGUGAUGGCAAAGAGCCUGAUGAUG